AACGAUUUUUAAAUAGACAUGUAAUUGCACAUAGGCGCGUUUAUGUACGUGUCUACGUAUAUGUAUUUAACUAUGAUGAUUUAAUGUAUUGUUUUAUUAUUUGAUUGAUAUAUUAAAAAGGUAUUUAUAUGACCCGCCGUUCCGUUUAAGAAUUCACUGACGGCUCAGAAUAUGCAGUAGUAACUCAAAUAUACCGUUAACCACAUUUUUACGUAGCAGUGAUUAUUUAUUUUUUCUUUAACUAAAAAUUUGUAAAAAAAUUUAUAAAUAUACCAUCUACUGAUACGUUGAUUAAAAGUUUCACGUAUAUUACGAUCGUCGUUUACAUGAUAUUUCCAACCACUUGCUCUACGAAAUAUUUAAAUAAUUAUAUUACAGUAUUCUUGAUUUUCUUGAUUAUUCACUUAUAUAUUUACAGAAUAUAAAAGUGUUUAUAUUAAUAUUGUGGAUAUCAGAAUAUUAUAAAUGAAUGUAUUUGUAACAUUAACCAAAUUAUGUACUCCAAAUAUUUUUGGUUAUUUCCAUUAUUUGCAUCAAUAUAUUUAUUAUAUUCAUAUGAUUAUUUAACCAAAAUCAAGUUUAAUGAUUUUAUGCAAAUAGGAAUAGAUAUUGUUGAUAAUAUUUAUUCUGGGCUAAAUGACAACACUAAUUUAGUUCCAAAACCUGAAGUGAAUCAAAGAGUAUUUACGCAAAAUGAGCUUAAAAAACACACAAAUUUGGAAAAUAGAUUGUAUAUUUCAAUAUUAGGUCAAGUUUUUGAUGUUACAAAAGGCGCAAAACAUUAUGGGCCUGGUGCAACAUAUCAUGUCUUCACUGGUCGUGAUGCGUCAUUAGCUUUUAUCACGGGAGAAUUUAAUGAUGAAGGCUUAACAGAUGACAUUUCUUCAUUAGUUCCUAAAGAAAUUAAGAAGUUAAACGAUUGGGUAGAAUUCUAUAACAAAAAUUAUAUUUACAAAGGAAAACUAAGCGGUAGAUAUUACCAUGAAGAUGGUACUCCAACCGAAGAAUUUCACAAUGUACAGAAAAUGUUACAGAAUGCCAAAAAAAUGGAAUCUGAAGAAGAACAUAGAAAAAGAAUGUUUCCUCCAUGCAAUAUAGAAUGGAAUCCAUCUUCUGGAACUGUAGUAUGGUGUUCCAAGAAAAGUGGGGGAAUAGAGAGAGAAUGGAUUGGUGUACCAAGAAUGAUAUUUGAAUCUCCCGAUUCACAACAAUCUAGGUGUGUAUGCGUUAAACUUGAUAGUGAAGAAUACAAAGAAGCCAAAAACAUAUUCAGAGAAUAUGUUGAUUGUCCAGAAACUUCAAUAAAAUGCACUGCGAAGAUAACUAAUAAAUAACAAAGAAAUCAGUAUUUUACUAUUCUAUGUAAAUAUUUACUUAAUUUUACUAUUUUUUAUAACGCAUUUAUGAAACUAUAUAUUUUGAUACUAUGA